AUGCCUCGAGACUUGUCAUGGGAUGUCAAAUUGGUUGACGCAACACCAAUCGACAGCUCGGCGUCGCCCGAUUGUGUAUUGGACAAGGCAACACAAGCUGUGCAAAAUGAAGACGGGAAUCACAAAAACAAGCAACAUGGACCACAUUAUAAUCCUACCCCAGUCUUUGAAGGCGGCCGGCGCACUGCCUCGGUGCCAAGGGCGCGUACGCUGGGCCUCGCCAGCGGCCUCGCCACAGGGCUACAUGCCCCAUCAACUCACGUUCGCCGAUGGGAAAGAGCAAGAAGCAAUACAUUUGAGUUUCAUCUGUCGUCUUCUGAUGGUCGUGAGGAAAAACCAUGA